AUGGCGACUGCGACUACCGCUAUACCGCCGCACUACACGACUUCGGGUGGGACAGGCGUGGCUCCUCUGUCAUCCGUGGCUGCCUCGUUGCGAGUGCCAACACACGCUUCUUCUCUGCCCACCACUACCAUCUUGCCCACCAGCACAAGCAAUUCUUCGCUCGGUCGCGCUCUCUCGCUGCAGUCCAUCGCCGGGCCGAGUCGGACACGAACGCGGACUUCAAGCGUCAGCACCGGCAGCGUGCUCUCUGCGGAGUCGAAGGAAAUGAGCACCAACCCUGCGAGUAGGAGAGCAAAGAUGGGCCUAAAGAGCCGGAUGCGCUCCGCGUCGAGGAUAGGCUUUUUGACUACGAUUACCACCACUACCACGCGCAGCACAUCGUCGUCAAACCCCGAUUCCGACGCAGUCCCCGUUCGUGUCGUCGGCCGUGGCGGGCAUGGCUCGCGGGCCAGGAAUCUCUCGAUCGGGAACUUGGCGGGUGCCGCGGGCAUGGCGAGUAACCCGGCGCUGAGAAUGACAAGGCCAAAGACGAGCGACGGCAGUGUUCCUGUGGCGGGCGGGAGUAUCCGUGUUGUGGGGCGAGGCGGCAUGGGGUCACGAAGGCGGGAUGCGAGGGAUGCAACUCCGAUUUCGCCGAUGCCGAUAGCAGCAGCAGCAGCAUCAACAGUGACUCCCCAGCCGGCUGAAACCCCGGUGUUCUUCCGCCCGACCGGCCGCGGCGGUGCGGGGUCACGGGCACGGUCGAACAGCAAGGCGAAGCCGAAUUCCACGCCAAAUUCACCCCCGGUUGCCUUUGCACGGCUGCUCAAACUCAAGGGCAAGGGCAAGGCGAAGCCCCCGCCGUCACCGUCACGUGGUGUUGCAACCUACGGCGCGCCGUCGUUCUCCUCCACAGGCACGAUAGGCACGCUGGCACGGACGGAGAGCAUCGCGCCGUCACUGUUCGACGCAUCGAGCAUGUACAGCGCCAUCGAGUUCGCCGCGGCAGAGGGGGCCGUCGUCCCUGGCAAUAGAGUUGCGGUGAGGCGACGGUAUCAGAAUACCGCGGGGCAGGACCCUGAUUCCGACCCCGACCUCGAAACAAUUGCAACGGACGAUGGACAGUCGCUCGCGACCGUGCACCGCCAUCCGCUCGACAUGGACGGGACAUCGACGUUUGCAGCAUCGACAGACACGGGGAGCGUGUUCACGGAGACGGAGGACGGGUAUGCUUAUUACGCCUAUGACGAGGAGGUCGAUGCCGGCUCGCCGCUUUCGCCCGAUCUGUCCUCCUCAUCAGCACACGGCGAACCCGAAGGGCUCGCGACGCCGCGGGACAGCGGGAGCGGCAAGGUGCGCAUCUACGAGCGCGCCUUGUCGCCGUCGCUGUCGAGCUCGCAUGGGGACGUGCACUGGCUCACGGGCGGGCACGGGGACGUGUUCCGCGUCGGUGCGGGGCCUUUCCAGCACGUGCACACAGAGUCGGAGGAGAGCGGGAAGCCGGCGCAGUGGACGGGGGAGUGGAACCGCGGGGACAUCCGCGACGUCAUCGGCGCGCUGCGCGAGCUGCGGUUCUAG